AUUAAUUAUUCACUGAAGGGCGUGGCAAUUCAUCUUAAAAUGGCUGCAGAACAGAAUGAGUGUCCCAUUUGUUUAGCUCAACCAACGGAGCCUGUAGAGACUAACUGUGCUCAUGGCUACUGUGCAAAGUGUAUAUUAACUUAUUGGGAGACUACUUGGCAUCCUGAUGCCUGUCAGUGUCCCUGCUGCAGGAGAGAAAUAAACCUCCUAAUGCCAGUUAGAACUAAUGUUAGAGAUAGAGAGACUCAAGAGAAGAUCAACAACUACAACAGAAUGAUGCUCAACAGAUCCAUCCCUCUCACAAGUCAAGUAAGAGAUGGCCCUAAUAUCUUGCGGCACAUUUUCAAUGAAAUCCUUUCAACCAGUGGCCUCUCGUUUUGCAGUCGCCUCUGGAUUGUUUUCAUCCUGCUACUGACCCUAGCCUAUCUCAUAUCUCCAAUUGAUCUCCUCCCUGAACUGAUAUUAGGACCAAUUGGUUUCAUUGAUGAUAUAGGAUCCUUCAUUGCAGCAAUGAUGUACAUCGUAAUACUCUACAGACAAGACAUGGGAAGAAGAUAAAAUUAACUCACAUAUAGAUCACACAUUAUAUAUGAUGAUUGUAUUGCUUAAAUUUCCGUUUUAUGUAUAUUAUGAUGUUGUGACAGGACAUCUGUCUUUA